AUGAUGACAUCAUAUUUUGCGCGACAUAAAACUGGCUUACCCCACGCUGUCAGCCUGGAUUUUAAGUUUGUCUGUUAGCAAACCAUGGAGAAAAAAGCGGCUAACCCUACCAAAAAGAAACCAAAACCCGAAAAGAUGAAAAACUGCGAUGAUCCUGUCAAAAACUUUGAGAAGUGGAAGAAAAAGUACAAUAAGACAAAAGCACGAGUGAAACACGAGAAAGCGCAGAGGAAGAAACCCGAGUGGCAAGUUGAACGAGAAUACAUCAACAAGCUUGUUAGUAGGUACGGAGACGUCAACAUCAAGGAGGUUGUCAAAUUUUCAGAUUUCCCUCUUUCCAAAAAAACCUUGCUAGGUUUGCAGGAAGCUCAGUUCAGACAGCCUACUGAGAUCCAAAGGCAGACAAUCGGCUUCGCUUUGCAAGGUAAAGAUGUUCUCGGUGCGGCGAAGACUGGCUCAGGGAAGACCUUAGCCUUUCUCAUUCCGGUGCUGGAAUGUCUUUAUCGCCAGCAGUGGACCUCAAUGGACGGCCUCGGUGCUCUCAUCAUAUCUCCAACCAGAGAGCUUGCAUACCAGACCUUUGAAGUUCUCCGCAAAGUGGGCAAGAACCAUGAGUUUUCCGCGGGGCUGGUCAUCGGUGGCAAGGACCUAAAAACUGAGUCAGAGAGAAUACCCCAAACUAACAUUGUCAUUUGCACACCUGGCCGGCUGCUUCAGCACAUGGACGAGACAGCCACUUUUCAUGCCAGCAGUCUUCACAUGCUCGUCCUGGACGAGGCAGACCGCAUCCUGGACAUGGGUUUUGCAGAAACACUCAAUGCCAUUGUAGAGAACCUUCCCAAGUCCCGACAGACCCUCCUUUUCUCUGCCACACAGACCAAGUCCGUUAAAGACCUGGCCAGGCUCAGUCUCAAAGAUCCAGAGUAUGUCUGGGUCCAUGAGAAAGCCAAAUUCAGCACGCCAGCCACCUUGGAGCAAAGCUAUGUGGUGUGUGAGCUCCACCAAAAGGUAAACAUGCUUUACUCAUUUAUAAGAAGCCACCUAAAAAAAAAAAUCAUGGUCUUUUUUGCCUGCUGCAAGGAGGUGCAAUACCUUUUUCGAGCCUUCUGCCGUCUCAGACCUGGAAUCCCCAUCCUGGCCUUACAUGGUAAGCAGCAGCAGAUGAAGAGGGUGGAGGUCUACAAUGAUUUCCUCAGAAAGCAGAAUGCAGUGCUCUUUGCUACGGACAUAGCUGCCAGGGGCCUUGAUUUCCCUGCUGUUAACUGGGUGCUGCAGUUUGACUGUCCAGAGGAUGCAGACACUUACAUCCACAGGGUGGGCCGAACAGCGAGGUACAAGGAAGGUGGCGAGGCCUUACUGCUUCUGUUGCCUUCAGAGGAGAACGGCAUGUUGGCACAGCUGCAGGAGAAGAAGGUCCCCAUCAAUAAGAUCCAAGUGAACCCAGACAAACUGCAGAGUGUACAACAGAAACUCGAGGCCUUCCUGGCCCAGGAGAAGGAGCAGAAAGAGAGAGCACAGAGGUGUUUUGUUUCCUACCUGCGUUCGGUCUAUCUGAUGAAGAACAAAGAUGUGUUUGAUGUCUUUAAACUCCAGAUCCACCCGUAUGCUCUGUCUCUGGGCCUUGCUGUGGCUCCUAGAGUGCGCUUCCUGAAUAAAGCUCAGGCACAGAAAGCUGAGGCAAAAGGACGAGUAGAGGAGGAGCAGUCCGAUGAAGAGGAAGAGCUCAUGAACUUUAAGGCCCAGCUCAAAGGGAAGGGGUCUCAUGAUGAAAGCCAGAACUCAGAGUCAGAGGCCUCCGAGGAUGAUGAAAGUGCAGAGGAAGAAGGUAUGGAUCAGUCCAAAAUGCUGCUUCUAGGUGACAAUAGUGAAGAUGAUGACGAUCUUCGAGACGUGGACCUACUGAUGGUGAAAAGAAAGGAUGUCUUUAAUCUCACAGAGGACCAGCAGAUGCCAGAGGAGCCUAGUGAGGACUCUAAAACAACAAAGGGAAAAGAAACAAAGUACAAAGAAGCCAAAAAGGUCCUCAAGAGAAACUUUCAAGUCAACACCAAGAUGACUUUCAGUGAGGCGGGAGAGGCUGUGCAGCUGUGGCCUCCUGUACAGCGGGCAGUGGCUGGAGACGAAGAUGAGGAGGAGGUUUCAGGUAUCGAUGUGGAGAAGGCUAGAGAGAGGCUGAAACGUGAAGAUCAGGAGUUUGACAAGCAGGAGUACAGAAACAGGGUGAAAGCCAAACACAGAGAGAAGAGACUGAAGGCGAAGGAAGCCAGGAGGGAGGCGAGCAGGCAGCACAGGCAGAUGUCUGAAGAAGAGGAUGAAGUUGUGGCGUACUUGGCCAAUCACAGUGAAGACGAGUCUGAUUCCUUCUCCCUACCGGACCCUGACAAACCACAGUCGUCAUCAUCAUCUGAGGAGGAGGAGGAUCAAACAAAGUCUGUUAAACGGCAGCACAGCAGUGAAAACAGCAAGGAUGAUGAGGACGAGGAGCUCACUAUGAGCAAGAAGAAGAAAAUGAAGCAACUGGAUGAUGAGCACACAACUCUGGACACGGGUCUGUCUCUGGCUGAAGAUGAAGAGUUGGUCUUGCAUCUAUUGGGUGGACGAAGAUAGAAAUGAAGAUUCAGACACAAGAAUAAAAAAGUGUUUACAUAUACACUUAAGAUUCUGCCCAGACUUUGAGUCCAGUUUCUGUUGACUUUGGGGAAAAACAACCAAGCGAAAGGGCGACUUCACCGGAAAUCAGAGGCAGAUGUGUUUUGUUUGGACGAGCUAAAACAAUUAUUACUGUAGUUUAAAAUUUGAGCUAGAGAUGAAUGAUGUUUUUCUGUGGUGAUCUUAACAAACCCCCGAUUUAUAUAUAUUUAAUCUAUGUGGACAUUUAAAGAGCUGUUUUUAUCAGUCUAAAUAUGUGUAAGCAUUUCAUGGCUUCAGCGCUGUAGAACAGACAGGUCAUAAACAGAUUUAUUCAGGCAAGCCAAAGGCUUUGUGUACAGAUAGGUCUGUGCUAAUCGAACAACCUUUCUGUUGAAUGUUUUCUUUUGUAUGAAUAUAAACUACAGCCAGGAGGCUCUCUGUUUCAUACUUCUUUCUCAGAGAUCUUGUAUGCUAUUUAAAACCUUCCUCCAGUAAUAAGGACUGAGUAUUUAACAGGAUCUAAGUCUUAUGUAUUAAUAAAAUCAGAUAAUGCUGUAACAGAUUUGAUAUGACCCUGCUAAAUUACUAAUUAAAGAGUUUUAUUGCC